ACGUUAAAGGGGAAAGAGGCUGGAGGAGACUUUUAUCCGUGACUCGGGAGUGCCGUUGUGCCGCCACUGCUGCGACUGCGGCGGCGGCGCUGACUUUCCGGUCUCUCCGUCUUCCCUCUCACCCUGUCCUCUGUGCCGGCGCAGGGGUCAGCUGAAAGACAAAGCCCUCGGGUCACUGGAGACACUGAGGGCAGAGAGAAAGAGUGGUUCAACUAUGGGUCUAGUUUGAGGGGACUUGGUCAAAAGAGUAGCAGGAGAGUAAGGGGUGUGUGUUUUGGCAGGAGGAGGAGCAGGGUAGCGAAGGAGACGGAGCUAUGUGUAAAGGGAGAUUGAGAGAGAGAGAAAGCGAGGGGGAGGGGAAGAAGAGGGGGAGCUCGCUCUUCUCCGUGUGUACCGGCUGAGAGCUUUGCUUCUUUUUCUUUUUUCUUUUUUUUUUUUUAAGAGGCCAGCGUUGCCAGAGUGCCUUUUGUCUGGUCGCUAGGACCGGGGGCUAGAGGAAGUUGAAGGGGCUGGAGAGACUUUCUCUGACAGACUCCGUUCCUCCCACUUUUCCUCCCCCCCUCCUGCUCUCAAGGAGACUUGUACAGGACUGUCUGUUUCUCUCUGUUCUGCCCUGUCCCGCUUCAACACAGCGGACAGUUUACCAUGAAGGGCAUGGGAGGCGAGCCUGUGAUGACUUUUCCCUCGCCACAGAAACAAUGUGAUACUGAUCCAUUGACACCUGAGGGAAAAGCGCACUCCACUGCCCUCUGAUCGACUCCAAACUGCCUUGCCUCUUCACCCGUCAACUACACUCUCUGAAACCGUGAGCUCCAUUCACGCCAACCACCAGAGUAGAGAAUGUCUGCAGAUGCUUUUGGAGCAGGAGGCAGCGAUGCCCAGCAGACCUUGCAGUCUUUCUGGCCCCGCGUCAUGGAGGACAUCAGGAACCUCACCAUGAAGGACUUUCGGGUGCAGGAGUUGCCUUUGGCUCGAAUCAAGAAAAUCAUGAAGCUGGAUGAGGAUGUCAAGAUGAUCAGUGCAGAAGCUCCGGUCCUCUUUGCCAAGGCGGCUCAGAUCUUCAUCACCGAGUUAACCCUCAGAGCCUGGAUCCACACUGAGGACAACAAGAGACGCACACUACAGAGGAAUGACAUCGCCAUGGCAAUAACAAAGUUUGACCAGUUUGACUUCUUGAUCGACAUUGUGCCCCGGGAUGAACUAAAGCCCCCCAAACGACAGGAGGAGGUGCGUCAGUCAGUAGCCCCAGCAGAGCCUGUGCAGUACUACUUCACCCUCGCUCCACAGCCUGGGGCAGUGCAGGUACAAGGCCAGCAGCAGGGGCAGCAGGCCAACACGCAGACAGCCACCACCAUCCAGCCAGGACAGAUUAUCAUCACACAGCCUCAGCAACAGGUGCUGCAAGGUGCCACUAUGCAGCAGUUACAGCAAGUGCAGGUGCAGUCACAGGGCACACCUAUCACGAGUGCUCCGGUGGCCAUGCAGGUGGGUGAGGGUCAGCAAGUCCAGAUCGUCCAGGCUGCAGGUCAGGGUCAAGCUCAGACAGCCCAGGCCCAGGGCCAGACCAUGCAGGUUAUGCAGCAGAUCAUCACCAACACUGGAGAGAUCCAGCAAAUUCCUGUGCAGCUAAAUACAGGCCAGCUGCAGUAUAUCCGUUUGGCCCAGCCUGUCUCAGGAACACAGGUGGUGCAGGGACAGAUCCAGACGCUUGCUAACACCCAGCCGAUUACACAAACUGAGGUGCAGCAAGGCCAGCAGCAGUUCAACCAGUUCACCGACGGACAGCAGUUAUACCAGAUUCAGCAGGUUACCAUGCCGGCAGGACAGGAGCUGACCCAGCCCAUGUUUAUCCAGUCCACCAAUCAGACGGCUGACGGACAGGUCACGCAGGUCAGCACCGACUGAGCCUUCCCUGGAACCUUUCGCGCACCCCCCCCACACCCACACACACACACCAGCCCCAACGCUGACAGACCACCCAGCCACUAACUUACCCAAAGGACACUUAACAGAACCUUGAUUGAAAGCACUGGAAUCAGUUGAUAAAAGGGACUGGGAUUUCAUAAUAUUCACUUUUGUAAAAAAAGAAAAAAGUAAAAAGAAAAGAAAUUUUUUUUUUAAAAAAAACAAACAAGAUAAUUAAGUACUCUGGGUCAAAAGUCAAAGGGACACUUGACUACUCUCGCCGAAUCUCAUUUCUUCAAGCUGCGUCUGUGCUUAGACAUCCAGUUUUCAAUGUCACUUAUCCCUGUGGAGUCUCCAUUCUCACGCCACAUCUGUGCAGACAUGUAUGCGCCGACUGCCACAGACCCUGACAGCAAUCCCUCCAGAGCCAAAUCGGUGAACAACUUCUUGGGGCUUUUUUUCCCCUCAGCCCAUGCCUACGCAUUUGUUCUCAGUUUGUGAUGUUUUUGGUUUUUUUUAUAAGAAUUUUUUUUUCUUUUUUUUUUUUUGGCAUUUUCUGCCUUUAUUGGAUAGAGAUAAUAGAGAGAGAGAGACCGGAAAAGCAGGGGGAGAGAGAGGGGAUGACAUGCAGCAAAGGGGCCUGAUUCGAACCCAGGCCACUGCGAUAAAGACUCAGCAUUUUCUGCCUUUACUGGAUAGAGAUAAUAGAGAGAGAGAGACCGGAAAAGCAGGGGGAGAGAGAGGGGAUGACAUGCAGCAAAGGGGCCUGAUUCGAACCCAGGCCACUGCGAUAAAGACUCAGCCUUAUGCAGUACGCGCUCUACCGGGUGAGUCACCAGGGCGCCCCCCUCAGUUUGUGUUUUUAAAAAAUCGAAAAAGAAAAGUAAUUGCUUCACCCUGGCACCUUUUGCUUGAUGCUCCCUUUGGAAAUGCAUCAAAGCAGUGUGUCUCUCCCUCACUCCCUUAGCAGACUGCCCACUCCAGCUGAGCGUGUCUUGGACCAGAGAAGCCGCAGGGCUCUAGGAAUUAAAACAAAAAAAAGACUCAAAAUUCAGCCCAACUGUCCGUUCUCCCUCCCACCCAUGCUCUUCCAAUGUCAGACAGUUCUGGUGUUUGUGUUCAAUAUCCGUACGUGACGCAGGAUACUUACAGAGUUCCUGCAGCCCUUUCCUGUCUGCUGCGACGCAGGAGUAGGAAUCAUGCUAACUCAGAUGUUCAGCAAUUAAUUGUGUGAUGCGACAAAAAGCCAUAUAACCUGCAUUCAUUUCAACAAGUGUCAUUCUAUUAGGAUCAUCGCCAACAAACGUCAUGAUGUUGUGAUGUAAUUUUCAUGUUGUGUGUUUUCACGUUGAUGAUGGGGCAUGACAUGUUUUUUUUUUGUAAGGGCUUCAAAACUGUACAGGUGAGUUUUGUAUAUGUGCGUGGGGAGGAAAACGUGUCUGUGUGUGUGUGAGUGCUAGUCCCCACUCCCCCGACAAGAAACUACACUAGCGUUCAAUUUUUCCGGGCUUUUUUUUUUUUCAUCCCCUCUCCUCUUUUUAUUCAUCCCUUCUUCACCUUUAGAGCAGGGACUUGCCAAAGCUGUUCCCUGCCUGUAUGCAGCCUCUCACCUCACUACACUAUCAGCGUGGCUUCGGAGUCUUGUGGCCUGGUUUAGAGUCAUAGACUCUGUCAAGAGCAAAAACACCCGUUUUAUAAGAUUCUUCUUUUCCAGUACAAGCCCCCCCCCCCAUAUUGGCUCCCUCCCCACUUUCUUUAUUUUGUACAGUAAUGGUCAUUAUCAGUGUUCUUAUUGUUGUGUAAUUUUUGCAUGUAGUUAAAACCGCCAGCAUGAUAUGCAAUUGAUAGGUACAAAUUUUAUUUUUGACGUUUCUUUUUGUAAGCAAACUUUGUUUGUGAGAAAAAAAAUCAAAUAAAAAAUGUAAC